AUGGCUAAAACUCGCCAUCAUAUGCAUUCAAUACCUCCAUCGACACAAAUUAAUAUACAUUCUCAAUAUGAUAACAAUAGAAAUGGUGAAUUUUCAUCAUCACAUAGUGAUCCAUCAGGAGCUGAUGUUAAUAUAUCAUUUGGAAAAGAUGAAAGAAAAAAUUUAAGUCCAUAUGAAAAACUUUUAUAUGAUUCACAACAUGAUGCACGUUUUAAAGCAGAAGAAAAAGCUGGUCGACUGAUUGGAUUUUAUCGUAUUCACAACGAUAUUGGUUUGGGUAAUUUUUCACGAGUUAAACUUGGUGUGCAUCUACUUGCUAAAGAAAAAGUAGCAAUUAAAAUUCUUGAUAAAACCAAAUUAGAUAAUAAUACUCAACGUUUACUUUUACGUGAAAUAACUUCAAUGCAGCAGUUAUAUCAUCCAAAUAUAAUACGCUUAUAUGAAGUUAUUGAAACACCAAAUCAAACUCAUAUUGUUACUGAAUAUGCACCUUUUGGCGAUCUUUAUACACGUAUAACUACUGGUGGAAAAAUUCCUGAAGAUGAAGCCAAACAUAUUUUUGCUCAGAUAACUGCUGCUGUUAAUCAUAUGCAUAGUAAAAAUAUUGUUCAUCGUGAUAUAAAAAGUGAAAAUGUCUUUUUUGCUAAAGAACGUCUUAUAAAAUUAGGUGAUUUUGGUUUUAGUACAUAUUCAGAUAAAAAUCAAACAUUAACAACAUUCUGUGGUAGUCCACCAUAUGCAGCCCCAGAAUUAUAUCGAGAUGAAAAUUAUAUUGGAAUUUAUGUUGAUAUUUGGGCUAUGGGUAUAACACUUUUUUUUAUGGUCACAGCUUUAAUGCCAUUUCGAGCAGAAAAUAUGGGAAAAUUAAAAAGAUCUAUUAUUGAUGGACAUUAUUCUAUACCCGGACAUGUUUCAAAUAAAUGUCAAGAACUUAUACAUGGACUUCUUAAUCAUGAAGUAAGUGAACGUUGGUCAAUGAAGCAAAUUCGUUCAUGUUCAUGGCUUUCUCAUCAAAAUUUUCCUAAAGAAUUUGAUCCAUUUAUAACAAAUAUUAACGAUUAUUGGAUAUCUUUGAAUGAAACUAAAAUAUCUGCAUUAAUACCACCAAAGUUAUCUAUUGAAUAUGAAACAUAUUUAAGAUUAAAAAAAUUAGGUAUUACAUCGGAAUAUUUACAAGCAAUGAAUAAUAAUUCUGAUAAUGAAAAUUUUUCUAAUCAUGAUAAUAUUAAUGGAACCUAUAGAAUUCUAUUACAUCGUUUACAAAAACAAUCAAAUGCUCUAGAACGUGAUGAUGUGUAUGAGAAAAAAAUGAAUGAAGAUUUUUCUUCAUCCCGUCAUCGUAUGAUGUCUUUGUAUAAUGAAACCGGUGAACAAAGAAUUACAAAAAAAAUAAAUCAAUCUCAAACAGAAAAUGCAAGAGUAUGCGUUAUAUUAUAA